AUGUACGAUUAUAUUCACAUUGACGAGAAGUGGUUUUAUUUAACCAAGAAAACGCAAAGGGUUUAUUUAGCACACAAAGAAAAGGUCUCAUAUAGGGCAGCGAAUUCAUCAAAGUUCAUACCUAAGGCCAUGUUCUUAGGAGUCGUUGCUAGGCCUAGAUGGAAUCAUUUUGGUCAAUGUACGUUUGAUGGGAAAAUUGGAAUUUUCCUUAUUAUCAAUAUGGUGGCAGCACUAAGAGAUUCAAAGAAUCAACCAAGGGGUUCAGUAGAAAUUAAACCAACUAAAUCAGUUAAUCAAGAAGUUUAUAGGAAUAAUGCAAGGGUUCAUAUCACAAACGAUGAUCCAAUAUGGCAACAACACAAUAGGCAAGGGGGUUUAACUUUUAUUCUUACUCAACAACCUCCAAAUAGUCCGGAUUUUAAUAUUCUAGACUUGGGUUUCUUUAGGAGCAUACAAUCACUUGUGCAUAAAAAGAUGCCCAUAAACAUUACAAAAUUAAUCACAGCAGUUAAGGAUGCAUUCGGAGAGUUACAUCCAAAGACCUUAACUAAUGUGUGGAUCUCAUUACAACACCAUUUAAAUGAGAUUUUAAAAGUUAAGGGGUCUAAUGACUACAUACAACCACACUUUAGAAAGAAUGUUGAAGAAGACAAUGGCAGGUUAAGGAUUCAAGUGAGAAUCCCAACACAAUUGGUUAGAGAAAUUGUAGCUUUUCUUAACCCAAACAGGGAUCAACAACAAACACAAGCAUUAACAGAAAAUGAGGAUGCUGCAUAA